UUCUGUUGUCACACAAUGGAACUGAAACUCAUUCUAACGGUUUUGUUGUUGGUGUCUGCAACUGCCACUGCUGAUUAUGUUCGACCUCAGCCCCGAAAAGCCAUACAUCUCCCAUGGGAUUCAAAACCCUCUUCUUACCCUCAGCAGGUGCAUAUUUCUUUAGCUGGAGAUCAGCACAUGAGGGUUAGCUGGAUUACUGAUGAUAAGUCUGCACCUUCAACUGUAGAAUAUGGAACAUUGCCAGGGAGAUAUGACUCAGUAGCUGAAGGAGAGACCACCUCUUAUAGUUAUCUGUUCUAUAGCUCAGGGAAGAUACACCAUGCUGUAAUUGGGCCUUUAGAGCAUAAUUCUGUGUACUAUUAUCGAUGCGGUGGACAAGGUCCAGAGUUCAUGCUCAGAACUCCUCCAGCUCAAUUUCCAAUCACUUUUGCGGUGGCUGGGGAUCUGGGUCAAACUGCUUGGACUAAAUCAACAUUAGAUCACAUUGACCAAUGUAAAUAUGAUGUUCAUCUGCUUCCAGGAGAUCUUUCCUAUGCUGAUUAUAUCCAGCAUCGAUGGGACACAUUUGGUAGGCUAGUGCAGCCACUUGCUAGUUCAAGACCAUGGAUGGUAACACAAGGGAAUCAUGAAGUAGAGAGCAUACCCUUGUUAAAAGAUGAGUUUGUGUCUUAUAAUUCCAGAUGGAAAAUGCCAUCUGAGGAAAGUGGAUCAAGUUCAAAUCUCUAUUAUUCAUUUGAAGUUGCAGGUGUUCACAUUAUCAUGCUUGGGUCCUAUGCAGAUUAUGAUGAGUACUCGGAACAAUAUAGGUGGCUAAAGGCAGAUCUGUCAAAGGUGAACAGGAAAAGGACCCCUUGGUUGCUAGUGUUGUUUCAUGUGCCGUGGUAUAAUAGUAAUACAGCUCAUCAAGGGGAAGGGAGUGAUAUGAUGGCAGCUAUGGAGCCAUUGCUUUAUGCUGCUAGCGUCGAUUUAGUUCUUGCUGGGCAUGUGCAUGCCUAUGAACGCUCGAAACGCAUAUACAGUGGAAGACUUGAUCCUUGUGGUGCAGUCCAUAUAACCAUUGGUGAUGGAGGAAAUAAAGAAGGCUUAGCUCCUAAGUAUAUAAAUCCACAGCCAAAAUGGUCAGAAUUUCGUGAAGCUAGUUUUGGUCAUGGCGAGCUAAAGAUGGUCAACUCUACGCAUGCUUUCUGGAGUUGGCACAGAAAUGACGAUGACGAGCCUGUAAAAUCUGAUGAUGUCUGGAUAACCUCUUUGGCCAGCUCAGGAAGUGUUGAUCAGAAGAGAAAUGAACUCAGGAAUAAACUUAUGACACCCUAA